AUGGAAGCUAAGAUUAAACUCUGGCUAGUUUUAUCUCUUCUAUUGGCUGCAAAUUGCAUGCAACAUUAUUGUGUCCAUGCAGAAGCACUUGUUCCUUGCCUUUUUGCCUUUGGGGACUCUCUAACUGACUGUGGAAAUAACAACAACCGUGCAACAUUAGGAAGAGCCAAUUUCAUACCAUAUGGCAUCGACUUCCCACAAGGUCCAACAGGAAGAUUUACUAAUGGAAGAACCUCAUUUGACUUCAUUAGCGAGCUUCUGGGAUUUCAGAAAUUCAUCCCACCCCAUGCAGACACUAGUGGCUCAGACAUUCUUAAGGGUGUGAACUAUGCAUCUGGAGGAGCAGGAAUAAGACCCGAGAGUGGCAUGGUUGGAGGUGACAAUAUUGAUUUGGAAAAUCAGGUGAGCAAUCACAGAGCCAUAUUUUCUGAGAUCAGUGAGAAACUUGGAGGUUCUGAGAAUGCAACAGAGUACCUUAACAAGUGCUUGUAUUAUGUGAAUAUAGGCACCAACGAUUACCUAUUCAAUUACUUCUUUUUCCCUAUUUACCUAACCAGGCUCUUCUAUACCCCUCAACAAUACGCCGACACUCUUCUUGUCCGACUAUUUAAAUACAUACAGGAACUGCAUGACGAUUUUGGGGCAAGAAAAUUCGUGGUAGUUGGGGUGGCUGAUAUAGGUUGCAUUCCAGCUACCACGCAUCAGACAAAUGGAUCUUGUGUUGAAGAGAUGAGUGAUGCUGUCUCCAUCUAUAAUGACAAGCUUAAAUCUAGAGUGGACCAAUUCAAUAACCAUUCCUCUACCCAUUCCAAAUCCAUCUUCGUCCCUAGCUUGGACAGAUCCAUUAUCCCAGAUUUCCCUGUUGCGAAUGCUCCAUGCUGCCCAACGCCUUGUUUACCUAAUAGAACACCAUGUCAGAAUAGAAGUAACUACAUGUUUUGGGAUGAAACGCAUCCCUCGGAAGCUGCCAACCGAAUCACUGCACAGAGAUCAUCCAAUGACAUCAUGCGACUUGUUCAGUCCUCAAUUCAAACUACGACACCUUAAAUACAUGAGAUAUAUUCUUACACCUACCGCCAAAAUAGAAAUAAAUAAAAAAAUCCAUUCUACAUAAUAAAUAUAUUACUCCUUGGCAUUUAAUAUUAAUAUAUAUAUAUAUAAUAAGAAACAUUAUGGGUGCCCUCAACCCUUGUACAAAAAAACAUAUAAAGGCUUAUGAAAUAACCUUUGUAACUAAAGUUUAUAAGAUGAUGCAUAUGAAAUUAUAAUAGAGAGACUAUUUAUACUAUAAAAGACAAAAAGAAUAUGAUUGGUUAAUACAAUGCCCCACGAGAUUCCUAAGUAACA